AUGAAUCCGAGAAGUAACUGUAGUGCGACGUCCGGGAUCAUUUCCACUUACGUGACGGGAUCUUCCAAGUUGCUGGUGCCUGGUAGAGUGACAGCCGCCACCGGCAUCCCUCAAGGAGCUUUGUCGGACGCCAUAGAACCUGCGCUGCUUUUGGGCCAACCAGACAUACAACAGAUCUCAGUGGGAAUCAACUCCAACGGAACCAUCGAGCUAGACGAGAAGUGCAAGGAUGUCUGGGACAACAACACCCACUGGGUCCGAGCUCUUCGUCUCUCUGACGACUGUCACUCGUACAACAUGCAACUCAGACUUCAACCCGCUUACCAGAGACCGACCACAAGUCUAGCGAAAUUAACGCAAAUCCCGAAAUUGAUGCUUCAAGCCGUAAGGCCCAUAGAGGCCGGUCAGGAACUGCUCUUGUGGUUCUCCGAGGACAUUCUGGCUAUGCUGCAGAUAGUCUUCCUGACGCCCGCUAAUAUACAGGGGCAAAAGAAAUACGUCUGCACCAGAUGCUCAGCAUUAUACGAAUCUCCAAACCCCCUGAAGCUCCACAUCACCCUCAGCUGUGGCAAGCAAACAGUGACCAACCUCUGGGAGAAGCUCUCCGACCUGAUGAACGAAAACUCCUUCCAGAACAUCCUCAAACAGGAAGCCUUCGACUUCAAGCUCUCCCCCGAGCCCCAGUUCUUCAGGCAGGGAAACGCCAUCGACCUGACCAUCUCCAAUAGCAUUCACAGCACCAGGUGCGACUCGAACAAAAUCUACAGGCCUUACAGAGAACCAUCAGCGUUCAAACCGUUCAGAAAGGAACCCAUUGAACAACCUCUUCCCAUGAACGACGCGCCCAUGGUGCUGCCCAUGCCUUUCGAACCGGAACUGCAAAUCCAUACGCCCUCUUACAGCGACGAAGCUCAUAUAGAGUCCCUUGUGAGUAGCUUGGGGAAGUCCAAGCAAGGCCAUAUAUGUCUCUAUUGUGGGAAGUGCUACUCUAGGAAGUACGGAUUGAAGAUCCAUAUCAGGACACAUACGGGGUACAAGCCAUUGAAGUGCAAGUUUUGUAGCAGACCAUUUGGAGACCCCAGCAACCUGAACAAGCAUGUGAGACUGCACGCAGAAGGCAAUACCCCUUACAAAUGUGAUCUAUGUGGCAAAAUAUUGGUGCGAAGAAGAGAUCUUGAGAGACAUUUGAAAUCCAGGCAUAUGAUUGAAAUGCAUCCUGACAUGAAUAUUUUGCAGGAUAUGUCCACCGACGAUAUUCGAGUCAGUGAUGAGGAUUCCAGAAAAAGUUCGAGUUAA